AUGGAUGAACUAAUGGGGUUUGGAAGCAAAAAAGAUGAUUUUUUGGAAGAUCCAGGUAGCUGUAGGACUACUGAAUCAGAUGGAAGAAAUUCGCAACCAAAAAUGCAUCGAAUGGCGGAGGACAAACAGCAUCAUUUUGGAAUAAGUUUUCUUAAGAGCUCAGACUAUGAACCUAACCUGAAUAUGGAAGAUGGGGAAGAUGUAUUUUUUGGAGGCUUUCAUGAUGGUCCUGUAAUUGAGGGUAUUGGCGGUGGGUUGGGGCAUAAAUCGUAUUGUAAGCGUAAGUUGGAACUGUCGCAUGAAUUGAAUAAACGACAGCGAUGCAUGGAUCCUCAAAAUGAUGGCAAAAAAAGGUCUAUUCUUGACAAAGUAUCUCAUUCACUGGGUAUAUGGGAUAAGAAUCUAGGAAUAGGUAUUGGCUGCAAAAGGUAUGGCCGUGAUGGCUCUCCUAAUGGUGCAGAAAUCAAUGGGGAUUUGUACAAUAAUCCUAAAAUAUUUAAGGAAAAACCUACGCACAAUACUGCUCUCUCUCGGGACAAAAAUGCUUUAUAUGAAAGAUAUGAUGUCGUAACAGGAACCAUACUUCCUCUUGGAUUGAAAGAUGUCGAAAAGAAAUCAGAACCAUCUUUAACAUUUCCGUUAGCAGACAGUGGAAAUUAUUUAUUAGGAGAGCCUCUCAGAGAUAUUAUUAAUGAUACUAGUGGAAUUAAUAGGGAAAUUGAACCAUUGUUAGUUAAUUAUAAUUAUGAGAGCAAUUUGCUGCUGAUAGGUAAUUACGAUAAGGAGAAUGUGAUUGAUCCAAGAGUUAUAUUCAAGUUUGAAGCAAACCCAAGUCAUCUGAGAGAUGUCAAAAAAAUCUACAACAAUCGCCUGUCUAUCCCACUACCCCAAGAAAAUAAUACCACAUUAGCUUGUUUGGAUAUGAACAAAAACGCUAAACUUGAUACGUCUGCUUCGAAGAAGUUUCCCUUGAUUGCAGCAGUUGAUGAAAAUACAAUUCCACCUCCAAAAAAAACAAUUAUGCUCACAUAUCCAACUCCUGACCCCUUACCCGAGAGAGAAUCUGGUGCUCAUAUUUACAAUAAGGGGGGUCUUUAUACCAAUAAUAUAAUUGAGUAUGAUCAGAAAGAGAUUAAAAAAACGGAUGAAACAAAAGCAGCUGCUAAAAAUAAGCCUAAAAUCAGUCAGAAAUUAUUAUAUAUUCAUAACCUUUCUCGGUCAAGCAACACAAAAAUUGAUGAAACUGUCGCUUAUCUACAUUACAAAUUACGAAGCUAUGAAAAUAUGGCAGUUCUGACAAGAAUUAGGAAUAUAUUACAAAGCCAUCAACUGAAUUUAAUAGGUAUUUGUGGCCAACUUGGAAUUCCUGAAUUAUUAGUUCCUCGACGUACAAAUUAA